GACCGAGAUGCUAGAGGUCUGCGUCAGCUUCACCUGUCAGUCUUUUCGGAGUGUUUUGCCCAAAAUGACCUAAAAGUCAAGAGGACCGUAACUUGUACAUUUCAUUUAUUAAUUACGUAUCAGACGGCCGCUCGGCAGAGCCAGCACCGCGAUGGACGAGCUGAAGUCCGCCAACCAGUUGGACGAUUUGCCGCACAAAUGGGUGGACGUGGUGGUCGACUACCUGCGGGGCUUCCGGAACGACACGACGGAUUUCAACCGGCCACAGCUGCGGCCAUCCGUCCGGCACACUUAUCCGGCGUUCGUGUGCGGUUACAGCGCGCUCAUCAUGGCCGGCGCCCUGUGCAACGCGUACGUGCUGGCCAUCGUGGCCAGGAAGCGGCUGUACGCGGCCGACCCGGUUUACGUUUACGUGGCCAACCUGGCCGUCACGGGCAUCGUCGAGUGCGUUUCCGUGCUGCCCAUAUCGCUCAUGGUGUUGCUGGUCCAAAACUGGAUAUUCGGACGGUUCCUGUGCUUUUUCCUGCCAAUGCUCCAGGACGUUCCUACACAUGUGAUAAUGCUGACCUUUCUUCUAAUGGCUAUUGACCGUUAUAAACAUCUUAAACAUCCAAAUAAAAUGAGACUCCCGCCUUUAGCCUGUACAUUUGGAUGUUGGAUAGUGGCAUUUUGCAUUGUAUUGCCAUAUCCCGUUUACACCGCUUAUUUGGAUUUGGGUGUAUACAUAAAAGUACAAUUUGAAGGAGUUGGAAUUUGUGCGGUGAACAUGGCCGAUGAUAUGCAAGACUAUCUCCGGAGCUUGUUCGUUCUGACAUACUUGAUUCCGUUAGUGUCUAUGGGCUACCUCUACUCAAAAAUGUCAGAUAUUCUGCGUGACUUGAUGAACGUUCCCGCUGUAUUUUACUCUCAAGAAAUAACACCAAGCGGUGGAAUUCCAUCGCGUUUGAACCAAGUGCAAUCUCCGGUUAGCGACUCUGAUGACGAGGAAAUCGACGGUUACAAGGAGUCGAAGACGCAAAAAUAUUUAAUAUCAAUGAUCAUCUCGUAUGCUGUGUGUUUGUGUCCACUGAUGAUUUUGAGAUUAGCGAAACUUGAAGUAUCUGAAACUUACGAGAACAGCAGACACUUUGAUUUGACGUUCAUGAUAUGCGUUUGGCUGGCGUUUGUGCCGACGGUCACCACUCCGCUGCUGUUUGUCGCAUGGAAUUCGGACAGUAGUACCAAAGACCGGAUCAGGAGUUAUUUCAAAAGGACAAAAGUCACAGCGGAACAAGCGACCAGGACCGUGUCGACGGAGGGUCUCGCGGCCCGCAAUUCGAUUUACACGGUGCAGGAGAGCAUCCCGGCUUAAAUGCUUCGGCGGAUGGAUUUGGUUUAAACAUUAAUUUAUUUCGGAAAUAAUAUAACAAACAAUAAAAUUAGUAUUAAUGAAAUAAUAAUAAUAAUAAUGACAAAAAAAACAAAACAAAACAAAAAAAAGCAUAACAAA